AGCGCGGUGCAAUACGUUGAAUGGCCUUUGGGAUUCGAUGACACGCUCUAUCCCAAUGCAUUUAUCGGCGAUCCUCGGCCAGAAGUUAAUGAAGCUUGGUCUGAGCUUCUUUCGAAUCCCUACUUUCGAGUCAAUACUUCUGAAUACUCCAGGCUUGGUCUGAAUAGAAGCACUCUUGGAGUUGUCGGCAGCGACGAGAAGGUCAUCAGUUUCUCCGUUUAUCAUGAACUCCAUUGUUUGAAAACUCUUUAUCGAUGGAUUCAUCAGGACUAUUACUUCCCUUCUCUUCCAAAAGAUUCGGAUGAGCAUAACUUUCAAAGGUGGCAUGCAGAACAUUGUAUCAGCUACCUCCGACAGGCUACCAUGUGUACAGCCUCGCUAAGCCCGAUUACUCUCGAAUGGUUUGAAGCAACCCCUGGCGAGCACCGCCCUAAACCUAACACUCACGCUCCUCUCAAGUGCGUCGACUGGCAUCGCUUGAACUCGUGGGCUGCAGAGCGAAGGACCGACCUUUACGACCUUGAUUCCCUUGCAGGAAUGCCCGGUCGGGGAUGGUAA